CCAUUAGAAACGUUGGAAAUGUUGGACGAGAAGGACGGGAACGAUGAGAUUCAGUUGCAGUUACAUGAAUCAUUCACGCCCGAGCUUGCAUACGCAGCCUACAUUCCACUACGUCGUCUGAUGGGCGAUAUUUACAUGGAGAAUAGCAUAGAAAAUAGUGAUUUGAUCUGGAAGUUAUCUGACGCUCAUGAACAAGCUUUAUCAGAAGAAAGAGAUGCAGCAAAUGCUUUACUUUCACCAGCUCCAAGUGAAGGGUCUGAAGGUAUGAAAAAUCUGGUCCUAGCCUCUUCCAAGUGAUAAUCAAUGACUCGG